AUGUCAGUAACACAUCAGUCCAAAGAGCCUCUGGCAAUUGUCGGCCUUGCUUGCCGACUCCCAGGCGGCAACACCAACCCCCACAAACUAUGGGAAUUUCUCAAGAGAGGAGGAAUUGCGUCAAACAAAGUACCAAAAUCCAGGUUCAACUUGGAAGGUCACUGGGAUGGCUCCCAAAAACCACGCACCAUGAGACCUCUUGGUGGUAUGUUCCUCGAAGAUAUCGAUCCGGCUGACUUUGAUGCCUCUUUUUUUGAAAUUUCAAGAACAGAAGCCAUUUCUAUGGACCCAAACCAGCGCCAGAUGCUCGAGGUUGUUUACGAAGGCCUUGAGAAUGCCGGCAUUCCCUUGGAGAGUCUUGACGGAGCAUCAGUUGGCUGCUUCGUCGGAUCUUAUGCAUCAGAUUACGGCGACAUGCAAGCAAGAGAUCCAGAGGAUAGGCCAGCAGCUAUCACUGUUGGAGUUGGCCGCUCAAUCAUGGCCAACAGGUUGAGUCACUUUUUGAAUAUCAAAGGACCUAGCAUGACUAUCGAUACUGCCUGCUCAGGAAGCUUGGUCGGCAUCGAUGUUGCCAGCCGUUAUCUGCAGACACGAGAGAUCAAUGCUGCAAUCAUCGCAACAAGCAACUUAUAUCUCAAUCCAGAGCAUGUUAUGGACAUUGGCGGUGUUGGUCAUGCCCAUUCACCCACAGGUCUUUGCCACACCUUCGAUAUCUCUGCCGACGGAUACGUCAAGGCAGAGGCAGUUAGUGCUGUCAUCAUCAAGAGGCUUUCGGAUGCCAUCAGAGACAGGGAUCCCAUCAGGGCUGUAAUUCUGGGGUCUUCUACCAACAGCGAUGGCAGAACACCAGGCAUUGCCAGCCCUAGCGCCGAAGCCCAAGCAGCGGCCAUUCGAGCUGCUUACGCCAGUGCCGGCAUCACAAACUUUAAUGACACGGCUUAUCUUGAAUGCCACGGCACUGGAACACAAGCUGGUGACCCUACUGAGGUCAAGGGUGCGGCGUCCGUUUUCGCAGCAACUCGUCCCGCUGACAAGCCACUUAUCAUUGGAUCAAUCAAGAGCAACGUCGGCCACGCCGAACCCUCGGCUGGUAUUUCCGGUCUCAUCAAGGCUGUCUUGGCCACUGAGUCUGGAAUAAUUCCUGGCAAUCCCACGUUUGAGACUCCAAGCCCGAAGAUUGACUUCGCCGGCUUGAAGGUGAAGGCCUCUCGCACAGCUUUGCCGUGGCCUGUAGGGGCCCCUCGCAGAGCCAGUAUCAACUCAUUCGGAUACGGAGGUUCAAAUGCUCAUUUGAUCCUGGAACAGCAAAGCAUUCCCGGCGGCCCGCGUCACAUCUCGUCAUUUCUCUCUGAUGAUGACGAUUUCUCUUUGGAUGACGACGACUCAGAAGGCCCGUACACUUUGGUAGUCUCCGCCAAUGAUGGUGCGUCGUUGCGUGCUAAUAUCAAGGCACUCAGCAACCAUCUGAUCAACCCACGUGUGAAGGUUAGCCUUCCCGAUCUUGCAUACACCCUUUCAGAGCGAAGAUCGCAACUCUGGCAUCGGGCCUUCCUCACAACGCGAAGCCUCACGGACUUGGACGAGAAUGCAUUCACUGUCGGGAAGAAGAGUUCGCAGACCCCGCGUAUCGGUUUUGUCUUCACCGGCCAGGGUGCUCAGUGGCCUCAGAUGGGCAAGGACCUUCUCACGUAUUUCCCUUGGACUCGCAGUAUCUUGGAAGAGCUUGAAGCUGUCCUUCAGAGUCUCCCAGAGUCCCCUCAAUGGUCACUCAUCAAUGAGUUGACUGAGUCACGAUCUCCAGAACACCUACGUCAGCCCGAAUUCUCGCAGCCUCUUGUUACUGCUCUCCAGCUUUGCCUUAUAGCGGUGCUAGAAAGCUGGGGAAUUACCCCAGAGAGCGUUGUUGGCCACUCCUCCGGUGAAAUUGCUGCCGCCUAUGCCGCUGGCUUCCUCGAUCGAGCGGGUGCCAUCAAAGCCUCCUUCUAUCGUGGCAGGGCAGCGUUGAAUCGCCAACAGGAAGCUGAGAGAGACGUUGGCAUGCUGGCCGUGGGCGUUGGUGUUGAAGCGCUUUCGCCUUAUUUGGAGAAGUAUGCAGAUGAGGCUUGGAUUGCGUGCUUCAACAGCCCAAGCAGCUUGACAGUAUCUGGCAAGCGAGCUCCUCUCGAGUCCUUGGCCGCAGAAUUAAAGGCAGACGGUCACUUUGCUCGUCUUCUUCAAGUUGAUCUGGCUUACCAUUCGCCUCUUAUGGGAGUCAUUGGCGACGAGUAUGAGAAACUCUUGUCAGCAAACUUCGCCUCGCUGGAAGGAUCAUCCAAAGUAUCCAUGUUCUCCUCUGUUACCGGGAGAAAAAAGGACACCACCGCGGAUGGCGCCUACUGGAAGGCCAACAUGAUCUCACCUGUCAAGUUCAGUGAAGCCGCCAAAGAAAUGCUUUCUGGAGAGAAUAGUCCCAAUUUUGUAAUUGAGAUUGGUCCGUCAGGCGCUCUAGGCGGGCCAGUCUCGCAGAUCUUGAAGUCUCUCCCUAACGGCUCCGAAGUCUCGUCCUUUGCCGCAUGGUCGCGUGGUGCCAAUGCUGGAAAGACCCUUUUCGACCUUGCUGGACGCCUUUUCGUCGCUGGAGGGUCUGUCAGUCUGGCAAAGGUCAACGGCUACGCUCUUGAUGAGCCGGAGGCCGGAAACCUUCCAAACACCAUCAUCGACCUUCCCAACUACGUGUGGAACCACUCGGUUAAGUACUGGCAUGAGAAUGCGGCAAGCAAAGACUGGAGAUUCAAGCAGUAUGUAAACCACGAUCUACUUGGAAGCAAGGUUCUUGGCACUACAUGGAGAUCUCCUACAUGGCGCAAGCUACUGGAUAUCGCCGACGUGCCUUGGUUGAAGGACCAUAAGAUGGGAGACGACAUUCUACUCCCAGGUUCUGGCUUCAUAACUAUGGCCGUGGAAGCACUUUACCAAAAGACUAGAGCCACAGCCCCUGAGGAUGUCAUCAUAAGUGCACCGAAUGACCUGUCAUACAGGUUCAGAAACGUCCGGUUCGACAAAGCACUAGUGUUGGAAGAAGGCGUAGAAGCGGCAAUCACGUUGUCAUUGACCCAGCAGCCGGGAAGCAAGGACUGGCAUGAGUUCCGUGUCUCUACAAAUACGGGAGAUGUUUUCAUCGAACAUUGUACUGGUUUGAUCCGAGUACAAGAUCCUGUUGACGAGCCUCUUUCUGAGGCAGAACGCCGUCCUCUCGAAUUUCCAACGUCUGCCAAGAUCUGGUACAAGGCACAGACAAAUAUCGGAUACGGAUUUGGGCCUGAUUUCCAGAAGGUCAAGAAGGUCGAGUCUUUGAGCGGUCAAAGACGCGGUCGCAGCUUAGUUGCUCUUGAUGAGCCGAAGUCCAAGUGGUCGCCUCAGUCUUACUACCCCAUUCACCCAGCUUCUUUAGACGGAUGCUUCCAGACGGUUACACCAUCUCUAUGGGCUGGAGAGCAUAGCUCUCUAAACUCUGUCUUGGUGCCAUCAAUCAUCGACGAUUUGGUGAUCAACAAGGUCAACAAGGGUCUCAAGGAAGGCCUAUCACUUGCAAGCUCUACGUAUUCCGGCCGUGGUCGCCUUGAAGAAGCAAAGAGCUAUUUUGCAAACUGCUCUGUUUAUGAUCCGGAGACCGGCUCUUUGCUUAUGCAAAUGCAAGGCCUUCGGUUUGCGAAGCUGGACGUGAUUCCCAAGCCGGAUGCUCACGUGUUCGAUCGUAUCAGCUGGAAGCCGGAUGUAACGUUCCUCUUGCAAGAAGGCUUGGCUCACCUGGGCUCUGAAACUAGUUUCAACACGAUCAUUGACUUGGUCGGGCACAAGAAACCUACCUUGCGUGUGCUUGAGAUUGAUUUCAACAGCAACGACUCUUUGUCAACCUGGUUUGAAGUCGAAGAUCAAGCGGCCAGAGCCGCCUACUCGCACUACGACUUUGCCUCAGCUGAUGCAAAGCUCCUUGUUGGUGUUCAAACACAACAUGAAGACAAAAGAAACUCAUCGUUUCUUCUGGUCAACUUCGAAAGCGAAGACCUUGGGUUGCCUCAGGAUGCUGCGUACGACUUGGCCGUUGUGAAGGUUUCUAAUUCCUCUUCCGCAGGCUUCCAACAGUUGAUUGAUAAACUCAAAACACGUGUCUCAAAUGAUGGGUACGUCUUGGUGGUUCAGAACGACAACAAAAUAGUGACUACUGCUUCCUCUCCUCGAUCCGUUACACCAGAGAACGCAGACACUCCAAUCACACCCGGAACUCCUUCUGAAUCAGCUGGAUCAGAACUCUCUCCUGAGACUCCGUUCACGGAUGUUUCUACGCCAAACGAAGAUAUUGAGGUCAAAAAACAAUCUUCCGAGCAGGAAGAGAUUUCAGGCGCAGCAGUUCAACGUCUACUUGAUGCUGUUCCCUCUCAAGCUACCGUGAAACUAUCUGGCCUCCUUUCGAAACUCCAUGGCGCUAACUGGACGCUUUAUAACCCAGAGUCAACUGUCAGCAGCCAACAGCUCGCCGACAGUCUCUAUGUUCUUCGUCUUUCUUCAAACACUCCAACACUGGAGCUGUCGCUAAAGGGCAAGCUAGAGGCUUCAGGUUGGCAUCUCGUCGAACAAACAAGUUCUAUUUCUGUCGACAAUGUACCUUCAGGUGCUUCUGUUCUGAUUUUAGACGAGCUUUAUGCUCCUGUCCUAACGCAGAUUAACGACUCCCAAUGGGAUACCUUGAAAGCACUAAUCAGUGCCGGAAACAAGAUCCUUUGGGUGACUCAGGGAUCACAGCUAAAGGUGACCAACCCAAGCUCUGCUCUGGCUCACGGCCUCUUCCGCGUGGCUCGGAGAGAAGACGCUAGCGUCAACCUCACUGUCCUCGAUGUGGAAUCGAGCACCGGGUCAACUACCACGUGGGCUAUCGACUCCGUCCUGCGGGCCACCCAAGCCAGUGGCAAACCUAGCUCCAAAGAAGCAGUCGAAACCGAGUUCACCGAACGUGAUGGUAUUCUCUAUGUUCAUAGAAUCGUACAGGAUUACAAGGUGAAUGAGUUCAAGCGUGCUGAAAAAGAGGGCGCCGAUACCACACUGAAGAACCUUCACGAAACCGAGGCAGCCGUGCAACUGAGAUCCGAGCGUGUCGGAACAUUCCAGAGCCUGACUUGGAACGAGACAGCCGUUGGCGAGGUUUCCGUGGAAGAGGGCAGAGUUGAGGUCGAAGUAUUCGCUGUCGGUGUCAACUUCAAGGAUGUUGCGGUGGCCAUGGGAAUUGUGCCUGAGAACGAGUACACUAUUGGUUACGAGGCAGCUGGCGUUGUCAAGAGACUUGGACCAGGCGUGAGCAAAUUCAAGAUUGGCGACCGUGUUUGCUUCUUGAACGGUGGAAGUUACGCCAAUCGCCUUCAGGUUCCCGUCGGCCGAGCUCACACAAUUCCUGACUGGAUGAGCUUUGAGGAUGCGGCAACCAUUCCCUCGGUAUACCUGUGCUCUAUCUACUCUUUGUUUGACAUUGCAAACUUGAAAGAAGGACAAUCCGUACUGAUCCACUCGGCAUCUGGCGGCGUUGGCAUUGCAUGCAUCCAACUAGCCCAGUACAAGAAAGCAGAGAUCUACGUCACUGUUGGCACAGAAGAAAAGCGCAAGUUCCUCGAGGACAACUACGGCAUUCCUCGAACUCGCAUGUUCUCUUCUCGCAACACGAAAUUUGCAAAGGAGAUCCUGGUCGCGACCGAAGGCCGUGGCGUUGACGUAAUCAUCAACUCUCUCACCGGAGAAUUGCUAGAUGCCUCAUGGAGAAUCAUUGCCGAUGGCGGAACCAUGGUUGAGAUCGGAAAGAAAGACAUUGUUGACCGUAACGCACUAUCCAUGGAGCCAUUUGACCGCAAUGCAUCGUUCAGGGCCAUGGAUUUCUCCUACACGCAAGAUAUCACAGAUCCACUGAUUUCGAGACUUCUUGAUGAGAUUUUUGUUCUUGUCAAUGAAGGCCACAUCAAGCCUAUUCACCCUAUUACCACAUUCGGAUUUGACGCCGUGCCAGCCGCGCUGGCGUACAUUCGAAGUGGUCGGCACAUUGGGAAGGUGGUCAUAUCGGACGGAGACAAGAAGGAUGUCCAGGUCCCCAUCAGGCCAGCAACUCAGAAGCUAAUUCUACGGGCCGACGCUUCAUAUGUCAUCGUAGGCGGUCUUAAGGGCCUGUGUGGAUCGUUGGCCAUUCAUCUUGCACGACACGGAGCCAAACACAUUAUUGUGGUCAGCCGCAGCGGCACCGCUGACGUCGCUUCGCAAAAGGCAGUGAAAAACUGUCUCGCUUAUGGAUGCGAGGUUGUUGAAGCCAAGGGUGAUGUCGCAGAUAUUGUCUUCCUUCGCGAAGUCUUCAAUGAGGCGUCGCCUCGGGUCGCCGGUAUUAUUCAGGGCGCCAUGGUAUUAAGGGACAAGCCAUACGAGACCAUGAGUCUCGAUGACUACCACACCGCUAUCCAUGCCAAGUUCACUGGCACUUGGAACCUUCACCGGGUUUCUGAGGAGCAGCCUCAACCCCUUGAUUUCUUCACUUUGCUCUCAAGUAUCUCUGGCAUCGUAGGAAAUAAGGGACAGGCCAACUACGCGGCAGGCAACACAUUCCUCGACGCCUUUGCCGAUUAUAGACGCUCUCUCGGUCUCAAGGCUAAUUCCGUCGACUUAGGUCUUAUCCAAGACGUGGGUUACGUGGCUGAGCAGGAGGGUUUCGAGGCCAGGUUCGACACCAGGCAGUGGACGCCCAUUACUGAAGGCACUCUUCGCAAGAUUCUCAGCUACUCGAUCCUGCAGCAAGACCAGGCUUCGGAACCAAUCAACGCCGACAGCGUGGCGCAACUGAUUACGGGCAUCGGAUUCCCGCUGCCGGAAGACUCGGACCUUACUCGGGAUGCCCGCUUCGGCUACUUGUUCCAGAACACCGGGGCCGGGUCCGACGGCAAAGAAGGCGGUGCCGGAAAGCAGGGCGACGAGAACGUGCGCGCAUUCCACACUCUGCUCAAGUCAGGCUCUGACAGGGCCGCAGUGGUAAAGAUUGGUGUGGAGGUGGUUGCGGCGCAGCUCGCCAAAAUCCUGCGCCUAGAGUCGGAAAUCGAACCCGCCAAGCCACUCAUGGCUUUCGGUCUGGACUCUCUGGCGGCGGUCGAGCUGCGCAACUGGAUUCGGUUGGAGCUUGGCGCUGAACUGACAACGCUUGACAUCACCAACGCUAGCUCUCUGAAUGCGUUAGGCGAUAAGCUGGUGACGAAGCUGACACAGAAUGUUGCGACCAGCUCUUAA